UGCAGUAGUGUGAGGUGGGCGCGGAGGGUCGCGGCUGCUCCGCUCGGCUACGCGGUUCUUUUCGUGUCCCCGUCCGCUCUCUGAGGACCGCUGGACACCCAUCGGACCGGAUAGGACAGCUUUUCAGGUGGCUUCAUCAUGGAUGAAACUGUUGCUGAGUAUAUCCGAAGAACUGUACUAAAAAUCCCACGAGAUGAAAUCAAGACAAUGCUACAGAAAUGGGGCUUGCUUUCUGAGACGCAGCUGCAAACCAUAAACUUCCGUCAGAUAAAGGAGAACAUUUCUCAAGAUGUUGUUCAACUCUGUGAGGAAAAUUCUGCAGACAUAAAGCAAGCAGCUGUCCUAGACAUAAUUUACAACCACGUCUACCCAAACAAGAGAGUGUGGAGUGUUUACCAGAUGAAGAAAACAGGGGAAGAAACGGAAUUUUUUGACUUAACAGAUUUCAAAAAAAAAUUUAAAAGAAGGCUUCGGUCAGCCUUGAAAAAUGUCACCAUCAACUUUAGAGAAUAUGAGGAUAAUGCAAUCUGGAUUAGAAUUGCCUGGGGAACACCGUAUACAAAACCAAACCAGUACAAACCAAGUUAUGUUGUAUACCAUUCACAGACUCCCUAUGUCUUCAUUUCUGCCUCAGUGCUUAAGAGCAACUUGCCUCUGCUGUGUCAGGCCCUGGUUCUUGCUUCUAAUUACCAUGACAUCCGUGAAAUGGAGCUUCGAAGUCAUUCUUUAAACUCCCUUAAAGAUAUUGUGUUUAAGAGAUAUAGCCAGAACUUCCAAACUCAUUAUCCAAGACCUCUACAAGAAAGGAAUGUAGCACCCGAAAGUGCAGAUUUAAGGAUAAUUCAAGAAAACAAAACUGAGAAAGAAAGAAUAGAGAGAGUGAAUCGGGAAGUUUUUGGUGAUGGUCCCCAACCAAAACUCGAAUUUGCACAAUAUAAGCUUGAGACGAUGUUUAAAAGUGAUCCUCAAAUGGAUGUUUUGGAUAAAAAAGAACCAUUCAGAUGUCUGGUCAAGUUUUCUAGUCCACAUCUUUUGGAAUCGCUGAAAUCUUUGGCACCAGCAGGUAUGGCUGAUGCACCAAUUUCACCACUACUUACAUGUAUACCACAAAAAGCUAGGAAUUAUUUUAAAAUUAGAGAGAGAAAACAUUUCUUUCCGGGAAGCUUUGUAAGCCCUUAAUUUAAAACUGAUUCAUAGAGAAAUAUACAACUCGUUUA